CAGCAGCAGGAGGCUGGAGGAGGGCAGGGUGGGGCCCCGGGAUCCUGGGGCUCCUGGGGGCCCUGGUCCUCCUGCUCCCGUUCCUGUGGGGGAGGGGUUCAGGAACAGACGCGACCCUGCCUACCCUCCUACACCACUUCCAUGGGUGCAGCUGCCUACCCCUCCAGGCCGGGUGGCCACCAUCCCCAGCACCCCAACCAGAACCCUGGCCAUGUAGUGUCUGCCCGAAGACCCACUGUCCCGCUGCACCGCACCAACCCUGGGAGACCCCCACCCUACAAUAGCAGCACCAGCCUGGCCAGCCGAGGGGAGCUGAGGGACCAGCAGAGAGACAGAGAGGCCCAGGCCCAGGCUGGACGCAGGAGGGGCAGUGACAGUCCCAUCAUUCCAGGGAAGUAUGGCUAUGGGAGGAUGCCUUACGUUGUGUCUCUCCAGACAGACACAGGCCAGACGUCUGGGACUGGGACAGAGACAGGAACUGGUCGCUCCCACAGACAGAGACGCUCCCCGCUCUCUGACCCCAGCCCGUCAGCCACCAGGCACGGAGGCCACAGGCCAAACCCCUACCGUCCACCUUACAGCAACCCACAUCUCCACAGCUACAGCCCAGUCCAUCACCAGCCCCCAGCCUCCCAGCCCAGGGUUAACCCUAACCCUAACUCAAACCCUAACCUAGCCCCCCAGCCCAGGUCUAACUCUAAUUCUAACCCACCCUGGUCCUCCUCACUCUACCAGCCCAGCCAGGGGCACCAACCUAGGCAGGAGCAGCAACACUCACCCAGCCGGGCCUCAGCAGCUCAGCAACCCUUUGGACGGCCCUACAACCCCCUGUCCACCUCCUCCUGUGUGGGAGAGCACAACCAGUACAAGAUUUGCAACACCAAUGCCUGUCCUCCAGCCAGUAGACACAUCAGAGCGGUGCAGUGUUCUUCCUACAACAGCCAUCCCUUCAUGGGUCGACUGUACGAGUGGGAGCCUUUCAAUGAAGUUUCUGAGGACCACCAUUGUGAGCUCAACUGUCGCGCGAUCGGUUUCCGCUUCUACGUGCGUCAGUCGGACAGGGUCAUCGAUGGGACGCCGUGUGGCCAGAAUGAGACUUCCAUCUGUGUGGAGGGGAGGUGUCAGAGUCUGGGCUGCGAUGAGUACCUGGGCUCAGGCAAGGUGAUUGACAAGUGUGGGGUGUGUGGUGGGGACAACAUGGCCUGUAAGCUGGUGUCAGGGCUCUUCCAGCAGCACAACCUGAACAAGGUGGGCUACCACAAGAUAGUGGAGAUCCCAGAGGGAGCCACCAAGAUCAACGUCACCGAGACGGUGAAGAGCAGGAAUUACCUGGCUCUGAAAAGCCGCUCAGGUCGCUCCAUCAUCAAUGGGAACUGGGCCAUUGACCGGCCGGGGAAGUAUGAGGGAGUGGGCACCAUGUUCACCUACCGACGACCCAAUGAGAUCACCAGCACCGCCGGGGAGUCCUUCCUGGCUGAGGGGCCAACCAAUGAGAUCCUGGAUGUUUAUGUGAUCUACCAACAGCCCAACCCAGGAGUGAGCUAUGAAUUCAUCCUUCCCUCCGACAACCCUCAACAGCACCCUGAUCACAGGAAUCCAGUCCACCCACAGCACCCCAAACACAGGCCUGGAGGGAACACUUUGCAUGGGCAAGGUGGGAAUGACCACCAUGGCAACCCCAACCAGGAGGGGUACGAUCCAGCAGGAGGGGGCAAGUACCCUACCCAGGUACCCAACAACCAGGUGCCAGCGGUCCAGCCACCCAGACGGCAGAGAGAAUACAACUGGAAACUGUCUGGGGCAACAGAGUGUAGCGCCUCCUGUGGCAGAGGUAGCAGGUACACCAUCUUCCGCUGUGUCCACAGACUGAGCCAUGAGCAGGUACCAGAGAACCAGUGUGACAGCAGCACCAGGCCCAGUUCACAGGAGGAGCCCUGCAACCUCCAGCCCUGCCCUGCCUUCUGGGACAUUGGUGAGUGGUCGGAGUGCAGUAAGACAUGUGGUCUGGGUAUGCAGCACCGCCAGGUCUUGUGCAGGCAGGUGUACGCCAACCGGACCCUCAACGUCCACACCAGCCGCUGCCGCCACUUGGAGCAGCCUGAGACCACCAGCACCUGCCAGCUGAAAAUCUGCAGCGAGUGGCAGAUACGCACAGAGUGGAGCGCCUGCUCUGUUCCCUGUGGUGUGGGCCAGAGGACCAGGGAGGUGCACUGUGUCAGCAACGUGGGAGACUUUGUGUCGGACGAGGAGUGCAACAUGAAGCUGCGACCCAGUGACAAUGAGAACUGUGACAUGGGGCCCUGUGUUAAGAGUUGGUUCUUCACUGAGUGGGGGAAUAAGUGUUCUGCUGAGUGUGGGAUGGGCGUGCGGACGCGCGGCGUUCUGUGCCUGACCAAUCACAUCAGCAGCCUGCCUCUGGAGGGGUGUGGUCAUGAGCGCCCCGCUGACUCUCAGGUCUGUAAUCACGGCCCCUGUGAGAGUCGCAUCGAGUGGUUUACAGCCCCCUGGAGUCAGUGCUCAGCGGAGUGUGGCUCGGGCAGCCAGCAGAGGGCAGUGGUGUGUCUGAUGAAGUCUGAGGAGGGUUUCAAUGUAAUGCCGCCAUACGAAUGUUCCUCUCUCGACAAGCCUCUUAAUCAGCAGAGCUGCCACCUCAAGUCCUGCGGGGCCAAGUGGUACCAUACAGACUGGAGUGCUUGUUCUAAGACGUGUGAGGGGGGCUUCCGUGUGAGGGAGGUGCGCUGUCUGUCUGAUGACAUGCUUUCCAGUGAGGGCUGUGAGGAGCAGCUGAAACCAGUGGAGAGAGAGGAGUGCAACCCAGAGCCCUGCGUCCCACACAUAGACGAGAACUGUCGAGACAAGUAUUUCAACUGCAAUGUGGUGGUCCAGGCACGUCUCUGUGUGUACGACUACUACAAAACAACCUGCUGUGCCUCCUGCACACGAGUGGCCCACAGACAGUCACAACACAGGGGACUCAGCUAGCCCCCUCUCUCCAGGCCUCAGACCUCUAGGGGGCCUGCCACGGUGCCCAGAGCAGGCCCUCAGUCCCUGGGCCAAACACACUGACCCACAGGGGAGGGGACAGUCUAGAACCUGACUCUGGGUGGACACUGACUGGAUACUAUAAUAUGAGUGCUGAAAUACAGACUGAAAAACUGAAAGACCGUAAAGAAGCCAAACUUGUUUUUGGCUUGUGAGGAGAUUGCCAAUGGGCAAUACGGGAAACUGAAUGGUUCGUGGAGGAUGGUUGUGAAGGACACGUUUAACAGAGCUAUGAGUGGAGGCGCUCUGGUGAGGCGAGAUGAUCGACAGGGCACCAAACCGAAGAAUCUGGAAUCACUUUAUGGACUGUAACCAGAGUCCCCUCCAAUAAAAGUUCCUGUCUGGGCUUUUGUUGUGUUUCGUGGGAAGCAGUUUGUUGCUGCCAUUCACCUGAAUGGCUUAAGGUCUUGAAAAAGGUAUUUGGCCUAAACAUUGACAAAAUAAACAAUGUACAGAGGUAAUAUCAGGUGUGGGAGUUAUCUUUCUUACAACUAAGGACUGCUACCGCAUCUGUGAUGAGACUCUUGACUACCAUGGCUCUCUUGGAUUACAUGAAAGGAGAGGAAGAUACAGUAUGAAAGGAAAGCAAGAUUGUUUGUUUUGCGUAAUGUAUAGACUGCACACAUUUUAAUAAGCUUCUUUCAUCUUUAAAAUCCACAAUAUUUAUGAUCUAAUUAACUACAUGUAGUAUGAAGUUGCCCAAGCUUGCUCUGAAAUUAUCCCCAAUUACGUAUCAUGAGGGCUCUAUUCAAUACUCUCCGACAUAGCAGUUUAGUUGACCAAAGAUUUCAGUAUUUCACAGGAGGACAUGUCAAACAGUAAUUUCUCAAUCUGUCCAGAUCUAGGGCUCCAUUUAAUCUGUACCAGUGAAGUGUUACAGAUGGCGCAAUAUAAAUGUUAAGGUAAUUUCCGAUUGAGCCGACAUAUGCAGUGUUUACCGUGAUGCAGUCUCCACUAAUGCGGAACAUUGCCUUUAAAUUUCUAUCACGCUGUAACGCUGAACUUCCGCGAUACGGAUUGAAUAGAGCCCCAAGUUAUGGUGCUAAGACAACUUAAGUUGUAAAGUGUUUAAGUGACAGUUUACCAGUUUUAUACAGCAACCCUCUAACAAAUGAAGCUCUAAAAUGUUCAUGAUAUCUUGUUGUAGUGUAUCAUGAUUUCUCCCACUUAAAAAGAUGAGAGAGGCCUGUAAUUUU